CAAGGGAAAGCACUGCACGUUAUUUACGUCCCGACUGAUUUAUUUAUUUACUGAAUUAAUUCUAUUUAUUGUCUUUAAAAUGGCGAAUAAGCUAGACAUGACGAAAGAAGACUUGUAUGGAAUCCUUGGAGUUGAACAAGAGGCUACGGAAAAACACAUAACCAAAGCAUACAGAAAACAGGCGUUGAAAUGUCAUCCAGACAAAAAUCCUGAUAACCCCAAAGCAGCGGAAAAAUUCCACAAGCUUACUCAAGCUCUAGAAAUUUUGGUUGAUGCUGCAGCAAGGGCUGCCUAUGACAAGAUUUUAAAGGGAAAGAAGGAAGCAGAGUGGCGAAGGAAACAGUAUGAUUCGAAACGAAAGAAAUUUAAAGAUGACCUGGAGGUUCGGGAGAAGGCCACUUUUGAGAAAAAAGAAGAUGCAGUGGAUGCUGCCAAGAGACUGCAACAAGAGAUAGAACGUUUGAGGAAGGAGGGGAAUUCAAUCUUACGUGAGACACAGGAGCAGUUAAGACGGGACUUGGAGGAGAGGCAGAACUCUGCUGCGGGUGGGGACAGCGAUGAGGAUUUGGAGGGAGAAGAACACACUGCUAAGAUAAAGGCAAAAUGGAAGAUCAAGAAAGGGAAUGUGAGGGAUGAAGGUUAUACCAGACAAGAACUGGAUGAAAUGUUUUCAAAGUUUGGUAAUGUGCUGAAUAUCGUCGUAUCAGUAAAGAAAUCUGGGACGGCGAUAAUUGAGUUUUCUUCACCUUACACUGCGGAUGUGGCUAUGAAGAAUGUAUCUGGAAAACCUGACUUCCCUCUCACUCUUAGCUGGUUGUCAGGGCAACAACCAGAAGACCGCCUUGGUAACCAUGGUAACAGUGAUUCAACAGAAACGAGGAAGGCAACUGGAACAUCUGGAGCUGCCUCAUUCCCAACAGGAGCUACCUCAUUCACGUCUUUCUCUCAAACACAGCCAUUAUUUUCUGAUCAGCCCACACCUGAUAACCGGGAUUUUGAAAGUGUCGUGUUGAUGAAGAUGAGACAAGCUGAAGAAAGGAAGAGACUUAUAGAACAGAUGAUGAAAGAAGAUGAAGAGGGUUGAAAAAAAGUUGAAGGACUAUAUAAUGAUGAUUUGCAUGGGUUCAAAUGAAAGUUGUACAACUAAAUAGUUAUGGACAGAGACAGUUGAAAGGAAAAUUAGACAACUAAACAAUUAUUGAUUUCGUGUUAAAAUUGUGUGUUAAAUGAAACGCAUUGCCAAAAGCUAGUGUUUUGAAAUGUACAGUACAGGAUUGCUUGUAGCAGUCCUGCAUCAGAUGUUAAUUGACUGCGAUGAUCAAGUGACCUCUAAGGUCGGUUUUACAGACUGAUAGGCCUACUGUAUGAAUGAAUAUGAGUAAGUUGUAUGAACAUGAGCAUUUUUCUUGAAUGAAAAAUAUUUAUAAAAAAGACAAACAAUUCAAUGUAUACACACUGAUUGUACAUCAAUUUAUUUAUAAUGUUAUAUUUGAAUAAUUAUGUUUCUUCAAUCAUUCUGAAUAAAAUUAGGUUUAUCCAGUUAACUUAUUGAAAUCUGUGAUUUCUCUGUAUUAUAAAAUACAUGUAUUAAUUUUAAUAAUUAAAAGAAAUUGCUGUGUUUCUGAAUUUUAUGUCUCAGAAGGCUUUCUGUCACAUUUUGUGUCUGUAUAACUGUUAGGAAUGAUAACAUGCAGAGUGAAGAGUCCAACAAUGGGGAACAGGAGAAGUCGUCUAACAUGGUGUCAUACCAGAUUUGAAGAAGUGAUCUCAUUUCUGGACUUAACAAGUAUAGCAAAUUAAGUUCUAAAUUUUGUUAAAAGGCCACCUUUCGACAUUUAAUUUCGGCAACCAUGUGAAGAAAUUGCCUGAACCGAAAAAAAGAAAAAAUAACAUUUUUCAAUUUUUUCUUUCCAUAACAGGAUAAUUAGUAGUGUGUAGCCUUUAUUGUAGGAAAAUCAGAAAAUGGUGAUAUAAAGCCUUUUUACAGAUUUUAUGACAUGAGAAAAUAUCAUACAAACAAAAUGGCCGACGAAAUUAUUUUUGACUUGCUCCACUCGGAAAUAGUGUCUCUUCUUUAUCGUACAGCCGAUAAGGACGAUCAGGACCAGUGUAUAAACAAAUUAGAAUCACUUGGGUUUCGAAUUGGACAAAGCUUAGUUGAAAGGUUU